CCAUCCAAGUUGGCCUCCGCCCUCCCAUGAAGGUUGCAUAAACUGCUUCCGGUUUCUCUUCACCGAAUAACCAAAUUGCUAAGGAAAAAAAAAAAAAAAAAAAAUAGAAAGAAAAGGGAAAAGCUGCAUCGCCGCCGCUUCGAUUUCAGCUAUAUAAAUCCGCCAGGAAAGGAGAAGAAAAAAAGUAACUCCACUUACACGGAAAAUGCCUCCCAAUCCCCCUAAAUCAUCCCCCGCCUCCCAUCGUAUAACCCACCCCGCCACCGUGCCCGAGUUUUUUAAGCGCCAGAUUCAAUCACGCGCUACCGCUGUUCCUGACGCGGUGGCGCGUUACCACAACCACGCUGUUUCCAUUAACCAGUGCUGCUCCGCCGUCGUUCAAGAGAUCGAUGCCCCGGUCUCCACCGUGUGGUCCGUCGUCCGCCGCUUCGACAACCCGCAAGCGUACAAGCACUUCGUCAAGAGCUGUGACGUCAUCGUCGGUGACGGAAACGUUGGCAGCCUCCGUGAAGUUCGCGUCAUUUCCGGCCUUCCGGCAGCCAACAGCACCGAGCGGCUGGAGAUUCUCGACGACGAACGUCAUAUUAUUAGCUUCAGUGUCGUCGGCGGCGAACACCGACUCGCUAACUACCGGUCUGUCACCACCCUCCACCCAACCGGCGACGGCACCGUCGUGGUGGAAUCGUACGUCGUCGACAUUCCCCCCGGAAACACCGAGGAGGACACGUGCGUGUUCGUCGACACCAUCGUCCGAUGCAACCUUCAGUCACUGACUCAGAUCGCCGAGAACCUGAACCGCCGGAGCCGAGCGGCGCCGCCGUGAGGUUUUUUUAAUCGUUUGCUUUUCUUCUUCUUCUUCUUCUUUUUUUUUUUUUGGAUAGCUGUUAGAAUCUGUGAAGUCGUUUUGUUUGACGAUGAUUUUAAAAUGAAUGUUGAGUUUUAUAUUAUAUUGUAUCAUCAAGUAAUUACAUUACAUGUAUUAUCGAUCCAUUUUUUUUCCUCCUUUUUAA